AAGGGCCAAGAUGGCGGCGCCCAUGCCAGACGCCGGGGAGUUUGAAAGCUGGCUAAACGAGCGUUUGGACUCGCUGGAAGUGGACCGGGAGGUGUACGGGGCCUACAUUUUAGGGAUCCUGCAAGAAGAGGAGAACGACGAGGAGAAAGAAGAUGCACUUCGAGGGAUUUUAUCCGCCUUUCUGGAGGAGGACUCUAUGGAAGAUGUCUGUAAACAGAUCAUCAAGCAGUGGACAGAGUUUUGCAGCAGAUCAUCAGCCAAAAAAGAUGCAGAUGAUGCCGAGGUCCAGGCCAUUGCCAGCAUGAUCGAGAAACAAGCUCAGAUCGUGGUGAAGCAGAAGGAGGUGUCCGAGGAGUCCAAGAGGAGGAAAGAGGCGCUGCUGGCUCAAUACGCCAACGUGACGGACGAAGAAGAUGAAGCUGAAGAAGAGGAGCCAGCGAGUGGAAAUGCCUUCGCUGGAAAUGAGAAGUCCCUGUUCAAGAACACCAACGUGGAGGAGGUGAUGAACAGGCAGAAGCAGAAGCGGGAGCAGGCCCGAGAGGACGCCCAGAAGAAGAAGGAGAUGGACAAGAUGCAGCGGGAGAAGGACAAGCUCGCCAAGCAGGACCGCAAAGAGAAGGAGAAGAAGCGCACACAGAAAGGCGAGCGCAAGAGAUAAAA